AUGGAUCAAGCUGCAGAAAUCGAGAGCCUUCAGAAUCAACUGCAGCUUGCUGAAAUGCAUAACCGUCACCUCCAGAGUCAGGUUGAUAGAGCUACUCCAGCUCGAGAUAUGUGGCAAGACGAGAGUCCAUCUAUCCGACGCAUGCAGAUUCUUGAACGUGAAAACGGUCGUCUCCACGAGAAGCUAGAUGAUUCUGCUAAGAAGGUUUCAGCCCUAGAAAAGAGUAUUCAAUCCGGCGAGUUGAGCCUCCGUGAUGUACAGGCGAAAUCCCAUGAGGAAUUAUACGAUCUUCUCAGCUCCCAGGAGCAGUCCCGACGGUCUCUCCUCCAAGUUCAUAAGUCUGCACUAGCCGAUCUCACCCACGCAAAGACGGAAUUUGAAAAGCUCAAGCACGCAAGAGCUGCUAUGGAAGUUGAGCUACGAGACACUAGAUCAGAGCUCCAAGAGCUACAGCUUGCACGAGAGCAUGACAACGCUAGCCGAAGCCAACUACUCCAAGAGUUCUCAGACCUCCAGAUCAGAUUGGAUGCUGAAACAUCCAAGGCCAUUGAUGCCGACUCCAGUUUGAGUCUGUACAAGAGCCGCGCCAACGAAUAUUUCAGCAAGUUGGAACAGGCAGAGAUUGCUGUUUUGAAGGCUACCCGCGCUGAACAGUUUGCCAAAGCACAAGCCAAAGAGGCAGAAGAAACUUGCGCUAAUAUCAUGGCUGAAAGGAAACAAACUGAUAACCUCAUUGAGGAUCUGCAGCGACAAGCACAGUCUCAUGAAGAAAGGAUUGAGGAUCUCUCAGCUGAUCUUGAGGCUGCAUCACAAGCGAAGAAGCGCCUCCAACACGAGCUCGAAGAUUACCGAAGCCAGCGGGCCAUGGAUAUCGAGGACAAAGAAGCUUCCAUGGAGCAAACGAGGAAGAAGUAUCAAAUGGAAUGCUCGACGCUUACGAGCGAGCUCGAAAUAGAACGCGAAAAUGUUCUCCAUAUUCGAGGUGAAAAUGCACGCUUAAAGGAAGAGCUCGAGGAACUUCGAUCUAAAUGGGACGAUGAAGUUCUCAAUAGUUCAACCUGGUCCAAGGAAAAAUCCAGAAUAGAAAUGACCCUUCAGGAUAUCACAGCUUCCAGAGAUGAUGCCGUCAAGGCCCACAACGAAGCCCAGAGUAAGGUAGUUACCUUGUUAAAUCAAGUUCGCACACUUCGCACUUCUGUGGAUGAUAUCUCAGCCGAGCGUGAUAUGCUCCUCAAGGAGAAACGCGGCCUCGAGUCCAGACUUGCUGAAGCAGGAGACCGGUUGGAAGACCUUGCCAAGGGCGAAAGCCCAAUGCGGAAUGCCGCUGGUAUGGACCGUGAAAUUCUCGAGCUGAAGUCGCAGCUUGCCCAACAAGAAGAUCUUGCAUCCGCUGCCGUUGGUAAGAUGCGAAGGGCCGAAGCACUUGCGACGGAAGUGCAGAAGGAAAUUGUAGCUCAACGGGAGUCAACAGCCCAACUCUUCAAGGAUAAGGCUGCACUUGAGAAGCAAUUCAAAGAAGUUCAGCUUCGAUGCGUUGACCUUGAAACUAAAGGAUAUUCAUCCUCGAGCCAGGAUGUCAGGUUCCUCAAUAAGCGAAUCCAGGAACUUGAAACUCAACUGGAAGAACAGGAGUCGAAGCGUAAUGCGGAGCAGAGGUCUGUUCGCAAUGUGGAUAGGACGGUUAAAGACCUUCAGACACAGAUUGAAAGAAGAGAAAAGGUUAACAGCCAGCUUACGGAGGACAUUGGAAAGUCGCGAGAUAGAAUUGAGCGCCUUCUCCAAACGAUCGAAGAACUCCAGACUAGCGACUCUGAGAACCAGCUUCAGGCUCGCCGUGCUGAACGUGAGCUCCGCGAAGAACGUGAAAAAUCCCUUCGCCUUGAAAGGGAAUUAGAAGGGUGGAAAUCACUCCGCCUAGAAAGGGGAAGUAUGAAAGGCCCAGGCUACGGUGGAGUGAGCGAGAUGGGCGACAGGUAUAGUCGUCGAGGAAGUGGCGUAUAUGUCGGUUCAGGUAUUGAACUUCCCCAACGGAAAUUGAGCAACAGCAAAGGGUUCUUGUAG